GUGGGGUUCAGGAACUGGGACCUGCAGGACUAGGGACGAAGACCCUGAGGGGAUCGAGGAGGGAGAGUGAGAGGGGCCUCAGAGACCGGCGGGGGAGACCCGAGGAGAAUCAGGAGGUCACAUAUCGACUGGCGCGCAUUUUCUGUGUUCUCCCUUGAGAGUGCGCUCUUCCUGGUCUGGGAGCGAUCCUAGGUCCCGCCACCGCUCCACUCCCCCGGCAGCCAUGGAGCCCCGCGCGCUGCAGAGACCCUCGGGAGGGGAGCCCGGGACCCCGGGCCUCCGGAGGGCACGACUGGGACUCCCCAAACGCCAUUCGGCAGCAUUUCGAUCCCCUGUGCCCACUCCCAAAUCUGGCCAGGCUGAUGAGACCAGUGAGGAUUCCCUACAGCUGGAAAUCCAGGAGCUAAAGCAAAAGAGGGACACUUUGGAUCAGGAGAUCUCCCAGUUGAUGGCUGAAGGCUAUGUUGUGUCCGAGUUGGAAGACCACAUUUCCCUGCUCCAUGAGUACAAUGACAUUAAAGAUGUGGGCCAGAUGUUAAUGGGAAAAUUAGCCAGCAUCAGAGGUGUCACCACCAAGGAGCUGUAUCCUGAAUUUGAUCUGGACAUGAAUGACUAAGCAGAAAGAUGGAUUCCCCUGCGUCCUCCUAAGGCAGGGGUAGGUGAAAAGACCGAAGGACAUCAUGAAGACAAAACCUACAAGAUUUCUAAGAGAGGCCAACAUGGCAGAGAAAGUAUUCAUAAGUGCCAUUCUAGAAAGGCUUGACUCAUUUGGAAGGGAACAUUGGGGGGUGGAGGGUGAGUGUGCAUGGUUGUUGAGGGGGUGAUUUCUUAGCUCUACAAUUCUCUGAAUUCUUAGUAUUUCAGGUAACCCAUCACUAGUAUUCUUGACUAUAUCCUCUUUGUGUGUAUCUAUAUUAUAUAAAAAAAAAUUUCCCUUGUCCAUAGCUUUGGAAUUGUUACUAAUUUGUGUGAUGCUGCUUGUAUCUUCAAACUCAUAAAGACAAUUUGUCUUAGGUGAUAUGGAAUAGGACUUGAAGGUGGGUAAUGGGGAAGGAGAGUAAUAGGGAAGGAGAGAAGGGUUCCUCCCUUCUAGGGAGCCAGAAAAAGUGUUCUGGUUACCAAUUGCACAUAAUUUUCCAAUCAUUAAAGGCAAAAAUUUUAUUGGUUUCCU